AUGGCCAACGCCCCAGUCGACCAAAACGCGCUUCGCCUGGCGGUGGCCUUCAACCCCGAUAUGAUGCGCUUCAACUGCUUCUUUGUUGCACUAGGACGAAUUUUUGGCGUCGACAGCAAGGUCAUCGCUACUUGGGUGCAGAAAGAUGUGAAUAUCGCAGAGGUCAACAACGCCCGUGGCGCUGAUCUCAAGAUCCAGAAGGCCGUCCAAAAAGCCCUCGCGUCGCGAAGGCUCCAACUGACCCUCCUCUCGCUCGCCAACCCGCGCCACGCAGCUCUAAAGGCCCAGAUCGACAGCCCCGGCCCGCAUUCAAGCAAGAAGAAGCGCGUCCUCGAGGCCGCGCGUGCGGCCGGGCUUUUGGGACGCUGCUUAGCAAUAGGCGCUAUAUCCCCCAACCGCGGAGCUCACUUCGUAACACUUGAGUACCGCCCGCGCCUGAUGUCAGGCGGACGGUUGGUCGAGGCCGAGGAGUGGUGUCUGGAGUCGGACGGCCCCGUCGGCGCAUGCAAGCACUGCAAGCCAGACCUAAGUGCGAAUAUUGAUGAGCAGGAAUGGAUAUGGCUGAACAUCGAGGCGUGGACUGUGCGCGACUAUCAGGCCCCGAAUCUGGAUUGUGAGGCCGCGCUGGAGGGUGCGCAGGAGACAAAUCGCUGGGCUCUGGAAGCGGCUCUGGAACUUCCACGGCUUAGCGUCACCCCGGUGGCCAUUGGAGUAAAGGGCAUUGUCUCGGAGACCGUCAGAGUAGCCUUGCCGAGCCUACUUGGGAACUACACAAAAGUAUGGUCCAUGCCGACCGUUGGGUUUAUACGUUUGACGACCCCGACGAGUUCGACGCUGACUGGCAUGACUGUGAGGAGUCAUGUCGAGCGAGACAUAGUUGGCAAGGUUCUAGUUGGCAUACUGAAAGUCCCGUGUGGAUGGAGGGAGCAGCUACAGAGGAGGUCCAAAUUAGAUUGGAUGAGAAGGAUCAGCAGAGGCUAUGCAUUUCCUGAGACGUGCCUACACAGGCAAGUAGUCAUAGGCUAA